GCCGCAGAAGAAGAAACAGCGUCAGCGGUGGUGAGUUGCGUUUAGAGAAACAGCAGCAGACGAAAUCAUGGAGGAGACCGCGAAAAAGGAGAAAAAGCCGGUGGAAAUCACAGAAGACAAGGACAAACAACCGGCGGGGAAAGACAAAGACAAGAAAGAAGAGCAGGAGCUGUCAGAGGAGGACAGACAGCUUCAGGAGGAGUUAGAGAUGCUCGUGGAGAGACUCACCGAGAAGGACACGUCUCUGUAUCGUCCGGCUCUGGAAGAACUGCGGCGUCAGAUCCGCUCCUCCACGACCUCCAUGACCUCGGUGCCCAAACCGCUCAAGUUCCUGCGACCGCAUUACGCCAAGCUCAAGGAGAUCUACCAGAACAUGUCUCCGGGAGAGAACAAGCUCUUCUGCGCUGACGUGGUGUCUGUCCUCGCCAUGACCAUGAGCAGCGAGCGAGAGUGUCUGAAACACCGUCUGCUGGGCUCCCAGGAGGAGCUGGCCUCGUGGGGACACGAAUACGUCCGGCAUCUGGCCGGAGAGGUGGCUAAAGAAUGGCAGGAGAUCGAGGAAGGGGAUAAAGCUCAACAGGAAGUGCUGCUGAAGCUGGUCAAAGAGAUCGUCCCCUAUAACAUGGCCCACAAUGCCGAGCACGAGGCCUGUGACCUCCUGAUGGAGAUCGAGCGGCUCGAUAUGCUGGACGCGUACAUCGAUGAAAACGCUUAUGCUAAGGUCUGCCUGUACCUGACCAGCUGUGUGAGUUACGUCCCUGAGCCAGAGAACUCGGCCCUGCUCAAAUGCGCGCUCAACAUCUUCCGCAAGUUUAACCGUUACCCAGAAGCCCUCAGGCUCGCGCUGAUGCUCAAUGACGUGGAGCUGGUGGAGAACAUCUUUACUUCCUGCAAGGACAUUGUCACUCAGAAGCAGAUGUCGUACAUGUUGGGUCGCCACGGCAUGUUCCUGGAGCUCAAUGAAGAUGUGGAGGACUAUGAAGAUCUGACGGAGAUCAUGUCCAACGUGCAGCUCAACAGCAACUUCCUUGCCCUCGCUAGAGAGCUCGACAUCAUGGAGCCGAAAGUGCCAGACGACAUUUACAAAACGCACUUGGAGAACAACCGCUUCGGCAGCAGCGCGUCUCAGGUGGACUCCGCUCGCAUGAAUCUGGCCUCGUCCUUCGUCAACGGCUUCGUGAACGCUGCGUUCGGACAGGACAAGCUGCUCACGGACGACGGGAACAAAUGGCUGUACAAGAACAAGGACCACGGGAUGCUCAGCGCAGCGGCGUCUCUGGGGAUGAUUCUGCUGUGGGACGUGGACGGAGGUCUGACGCAGAUCGAUAAAUACCUGUAUUCCUCCGAGGACUACAUCAAGUCCGGAGCGCUGCUGGCGUGUGGGAUCGUUAACUCGGGCGUUCGUAACGAGUGUGACCCCGCUCUGGCGCUGCUGUCUGAUUACGUCUUACACAACAGCAACAUCAUGAGGAUCGGAGCCAUUUUUGGGUUGGGUCUGGCGUACGCCGGCUCUAACAGAGAGGAUGUUCUCUCUCUGCUGCUUCCUGUCAUGGGAGACUCCAAAUCCAGCAUGGAGGUGGCUGGAGUGACGGCGCUGGCGUGUGGGAUGAUCGCGGUGGGUUCCUGUAACGGUGAUGUCACUUCCACCGUCCUGCAGACGAUCAUGGAGAAGAGCGAGCAGGAGCUCAAAGACACGUUCGCUCGCUGCUGCUUGUUAAGUGAGGACGCCGAGCUGCGUUCUGAUUGGCUGGAAAGUGAGAAUGACUCAUAA